AUGGCAACUCAAAAUCCAACGACCUUAAAAUUUUCGAUUCUCCUAACUAUACUACUUGCAUGUAAGGUUAGAGAUACUAUAGCUUUUGGUUUUGGGCCUUUUGGUAGGGUAACAGUUACUAUUAUCAAUGAAGUAAUCGCCCCGGAUCUCAAAACCAUUACUGUUCAUUGCAAAUCUCAAGAUGACGAUCUUGGAUUUCAUACACUGUUGUUUGGAGGAAGUUAUGCAUUUUCAUUCAAGCCAAAGUUUCUUACAAGAAAUACAUUAUUCUUCUGCGGUUUUACAUGGCCUGAAAACCCCUAUCGUCAUUAUCUUGACAUUUACGACUACAAACACGACAAUUGCGAAAAUUGCACAUGGCAUAUAAAUAAAAGUGGAGGUUGUUUGAACGAUCAUAAGUGCGGUUUUUGGAAAGAUGUCGAGUUAAUCGAUGAAUAUAACAAUUCAAAGUGGACGCAGACGAAAGAGUUGGAUGAAAUUGGACAUGCCAACCCUCCAACUUUUUAA